AUGCCGAUUCAGCGUCUUCGAGAUCUAGCUGCACAAAAGUGCGUUCUGAACGUGGCACUUCUCCAUGAUGUCGGCGAUACUCCUUACCACAUAUUAAAGCCAAUUUUGUGCCGAAUGAGUGCACGCCAAUUGGAUCAAAUCGAGUCAAAAAGCAGCCAAAUCAUACCUUAUUCCGACCAACUAUGGCCGAAUCUCAUAAGUAGAGAUUUCCCAAAUCGGCCACUUGCAUCGAGACUGCUUGUGGAUACGCCCAUGCCGCAUAAAGCGCUUUAUUUCAAAUACUUGUCAGAAAGAGAAGCAUUGCAACGAGAUUCGGCUCAGAGAUUACGGUCAAUGACACAACGUCUUCGCCAGGAAAAGUCAAAAAACGCCAUAACACCGGUAAAACAUCUACUUCGAGAUCCGACUAUUCGCCGAAGACCGGUCCUGAAAUCGUCUCCUCCGCUUUCUUCACUUUCCAUUAUCCAGCGAGCUCGUCGUGAAACCCAGGAGCGACUGAGACUUUUUCAAAAGAACGCUCCCAAGGACUCGUUUUCGAAGUAUUUAGUGCAGCCAAAAAAGCAACCUGUCAUGCGGCCCGCUGCAGCACAUGUGGGUGCAUCUGCACCUCUUCAUGCACCGAAACCUAUCAAGAUUACAGAAACCUCCUCUAAUGCCCCACCUACAACAUCCACACAAAAUGACAUACCCAAACCACAAAAUUUAGAACCAACUGCAUCACCUCGAAAACGCCGCCCUCCAAGUAUAUUCUUGUCUCGCCCAAAAAGGCCAUCGCGACCACCACCGAAAACGGAAAAACACACCUCAAAAUCCAACCCUGAGCCUAGUGAAGUGCAGGCCAUUCGCUCGACCAUAUUUAAUAAAUAA